CAUGUUGCAGAGGUGGAAAUAAACUGCCCUAAUAUUAUAUGUGUCUUGGAAUAAACCCGGGUGAUCUUUUUUACAGAAUUUAGCUAUUGCCCCAUCCUCCCUUCCCAUCUCUCCUUCCCCCAAAUCCAUCCCCUCCCCAACCUUCCAACCCAGAGGUUUCCCUGAAAAUGCACAGGGACGCCCGGCUACCUCCCCUUUCCUUCUGUCUCACGGGGCUGAGUCUGAUGUUCUACCUAGCUCCGCCAGUGCUGGGCAUGGAGGUCUCUGUGCCCAUGACCCUGAACGUCCUCAACGGCACCAACGCCCGCCUCGCCUGCACCUUCAACUCCUGCUACAAGGUGAACAACAAGCACUUCACCUUGAACUGGACAUACCAGAGCUGCCGCAACUGCUCCGAGGAGAUGUUUCUCCAGUUCCGAAUGAAGAUUAUUAACCUGAAACUGGAGCGUUUUGGGAAUCGAGUGGAGUUCUCGGGCAACCCCAGCAAGAACGAUGUGUCCGUGAACCUGAAAGAUGUGCAGCUGGAAGACGAGGGCACUUACAACUGCUAUGUGAUGAACCCCCCUGACCGCAGCCUUGGCCACGGCAAGAUAUACCUGCAAGUUCUCAUGAAGGCGCCCCCCGAACGUGACUCGACCGUGGCCGUGAUCGUGGGCGCCUCGGUGGGUGGCUUUCUGGCCGUGGUCAUCCUCGCCCUGAUGGUGGUGAAGUGCUUGAGGAGGAAAAAGGAGCAGAAGCUGAGCGCCAACGGCCUGAAGACGGAGGAGGAGGAAGAGGAGGGCAAGACGGAUGGCGAGGGCAACCCGGAGGAUGGCACCCAGUAAGGGGGGAGGGGGCGGGACAGAGGCUGGCCCCUUCUCCGUGCCCCCUCCCUGUGUUCAGUGCCCACUAUGCCCCUGAGCCAGCCCCCCAGCCCCUCCCUCGCCCCCCGCCCCCUCCAGCCCAGGUCCUCGCUUGCGAACCCUGGAGACCCCACGCCCAGCCAGAGAACUGGGGUCGAGUCCUGCUGCCUGCUUCAAACUCAAAAUGGGGUGGGGGAGUGGGGCCGAGGACCGAGCUCCUAAGGUGAGAGGGCGGCCAGGGAACCCGCAGGGGAGGUAGGACAUCUUGCCUUUAUUUUAUAUUUCAAAAGUCCACCAUUUCAAACCAGGUCGCGACAAAAUAUUUACAUGAAAUACCUUAAGGUGAUCCUAAACAUCCCUCCUUCCAAGAUGCCACUGCUUUUUCCGUGAUCUCAUCCAUUUCCACGGUUUUCCCCAUUAUCCCCUUGUAGGGGAUGGGGUCUCCACUUGGCACAAAACAUAUGGGCUGAGUACACCCCUGCCUCACCCGGUCCAGUCCUUCAAUUCUUCCCCCAAUCACCCCUUGACCUUAGGAGGCUCCCUGUGAUCUGAUUUAAGGAAGCCAUAUCUGCCCCUGUCUUCUGGUAUGCCAUAGCCCCCCAAGAUCUUAGUUAUAAACCAGUGACUCACUCUGUCAAAGACUUUCUCCUGGGCUAGGUUCACUCGGUAUCCACUCCGCUUUCCUUAGCGUGUAAGGAGACCACCCGUAAGUAACAAAUAAUACGCACCGAUUGAGUCCUCUGGGACAAAGUCCCAGUUUUCGUUCCCAAACUAUCCUAUAGUUUUUCCUGGGACAUUAAGCUCCCCUGUUUCAGACCCUUCCUAUCCUUCUUCCAGUCUUUCCCCAAAUUCUUCACAUCCUGACAUUUCAUGUCUUUCUAUUCCCGUUCAACCCCCUCUGUUUCCCGCUUUGGCUCCCCGCACCUAAAUUCCCGAAGGACUCUUUCGUUCUUUCCUCUGAUCAUCCUUCCCGUUACACUAGCUCGCACUAAUUCUCUGAUAUCUCCAUAUAACAAUAUUAUGAAUAAUAAUAGAGGUAUUUGCUAUGCGCUGACUGUUGUCAGGCCCUGUAUUAGGUGCAGGGGUAGAUGCAAGAUAAUCAGGUUGGACACAUUCCUUGUCCCACAUGAGGUUCACAGAUUAUCACUCUUUAUUGCUGUAGUGUACUUUCCCAAGCGCUUAGUACUGUGCUCUGCACACAGUAAGCGCUUAAUUAAUACGAUUGAAUGAAUGAAUUGAAUGAAAGUAAGAGGGAGAACAAGACACCAUCUUGUGCUCCUCGUCCACACUGGAGCUCCUCCUUCUUCUUAUCUUUCGGGGCCCCCCUCCUUCAUUUUAGCUGCGCCAACACCCCCACCCACUUUUCCCUCUGCCAGAGGUGGAUUUUUUCAAGGUAUUUGUUAAGCAUUUACUCCAUGUUCUGUUCUAAGCACCGGGGUGGAUACAAGUUAAAGCUCUACCCCCACUCCUCCUCUCUCCACCUUCCGCACUUUUAAAAUGUACAAAAUUCAAACCAUAAAACCACCUCCCCUCAUUCACCACUAAAUACGUGGUUUCCUUAUCAUCACUUCAAUCCCUUGGCACCACAGGGAGCCAAAGAAGGCCUUAAAAAAGUUAUGUCAAAAAGGCACCAGACAGAAGCAACCCUCGGUUAUGAACAAAGAGGCAAAAAAAAUAUAUACAUAUUUGUACAGAUAGACUCUGUGGUCCAUUGUGAGCAACCAAAUCUCUCCAAGCUUCAUCUGUUUGUGGGUACCCACUGCCUUCCUUUCCCAGUUCUCCCCCGGAUGGUCCCGCCUUCCAAACGGGAGUCCUAAAAUCUUGGCCGACGCACUUUUGGUGGCAGUGCCAUUGCUCUUUCUCGCCAUGGCCACCUGCCCCAGGUUUAUCACUGGAUUCAUUCCUUCUGUUAAGCAAAACCCCCCACGUGUCCUCCCAAUAUUUAGAAGUCAUGCCCACAUCCUGCACCUCCACCAGUGGUGCUUUAUGUGGGCAGGGAAUGUAUCUGUUACAUUGUUCAUUCAUUCAUUCAUUCAAUCAUAUUUAUUGA